AUGCCCGCAUCGGACGCUGAGCGACUCGCCAACCGCAAACCAAUCCCCAAGCCUGUUCCAGCUUACUUGCCUUCGAGUGAUGCCUCCCCACUCAAGGUGAACCGUGAGCUUUAUGACAGGCUUCGCGAGGCACCCAGAGUCUUAAUUGAAGAGUUCACGUUGCCCAUCCGGUCAGGGAAAGCAUGGAAGGCCCCGGCAGGCUCAAUUGUCAAAAUCAGCACCCCCGAAGGUCCUCAAGUUGGGGACUUGAACAUCUGGAACUUGCAUAACCCACGGGAGCGUUUUUGGGCAAGCCGCACCAAGCAGCUUCACGCCUCCCAUGUCUCGACCUAUGACCGACUUUGGUCUAACCUUCCCUACAUGCGUCCUCUUGCCACCAUAAUCAAGGACACGCUCUCCUGGUACGGUAAAGAUGAGCACGGCGGUCGGGUGCAUGACUUACUAGGCACUCGCUGCGACCCGUAUAUUAAUACGGUCUUGAGUGGAGGCCAAUACAAUUACCAGUGCCAUUCAAAUCUGACACGAGCAGUCAUCCCCUAUGGAUUGAAUGAACAAGAUGUUCAUGAUGUAAUCAACAUCUUCCAAGUUACCGGCCUUGAUGAACAGGGUCGGUAUUUCAUGAACCCCUCGCCUGCUGAACCUGGUGACCACCUGGAGUUCCUUGCUGAGCAGGAUUUGCUCAUGGCUCUGAGCACGUGCCCUGGUGGUGACUUGUCUCUCUGGGGCUUCGGCGAGGAUAGCGAAGAGGAGAUGAUUAAGUGCUGUCGCCCUCUUAAGGUUGAGGUUUUCCGCCUUGCAGAUGACAAUCUGCUUCAGACGAGCGGCUGGGCGCCUGCAGAGAAGUCUGCCUACGCCGGACGACAUGGCAUGGGUGUUCCCCUUGGAGAAAACCAAUAG